AACUCUUAAAACUGUCAAUAUGGCGUCGGCAAACAACAAAUUUGAUGGUGUUUUCCAAAGUUUAAUGAAAAAUAGUUCAAUGGAACAGUGUUGUGACAAUAAUAACGUGAAUUUAGCUGUGACUGACUCAAGCAAUUCAAUUUUUAAAGCGAAUUUCGAUCGAAAACUUGUUGAAUAUGACGAACAGCAUCAAGGAUCGCAUAGGAAAGGUUAGACAGCAGAAAGAAUUUUGGAGGUUAUGAACGACAUAAAAAAGCUAAGGG